AAAGCGACUGCGUUGUCGGAAAAAAAACGCCUUCGCAGUUGUAUUUGCCAUCUUCACGGAAGAUUGACAAAGCGAUUAUUUUUCAAUGCAAAAAAAUGUCUUCGUCAACUGUAUUUUUAAGUCACUGUGUGCUUGUAGUUGUGGCUUAAUAGUUAUUUGGUUUUUCACCACAUCAUGGAUGCACUCAAAAGAAAGGCUAAAGAAACUAUGGAGGAUACUCAACGGGCAGAAAACAAGCACAAAGACCUAAUGCGUUACCUCAGACAAGCAAGAGAAAGGGCUGAUCUGGCUAAGGAUGAAAAAGAGGCACUUAAGCAAAGGAUCCAAGAAAAAAAGGAGGAAUUGGCAAACAGCUACAGGCAAAUCCAGGAAAAGCAACAAGGUCACCGAGCCACAGAAGAGAUUGCAGAAGAGAGUGAAAAGAUCAGAAAGUCUCUUGAGUCUAAAGAAUUUGAAGUCAGUGAUGUACUUGUCAUGCUUGAGAUAAAAGUUAGAGAUAAAAAGAGACAAGCUGACGAAGCUGAAGAGCGUUUGGCUGAGGCAAAGGUCAGGCACAGCUCCAUGAAAUGUGAACUGAGUGAGCUUCUGGCAAGAUUGAAUGCAGCUGAGUCCAAGAUUGUUAAGCUCAGUGAAGAGUCUGAUUCUACCACUGUAAGACUCAUAAAUUUGGAAUUAAAGCACAGGCGAUACACUAAACGUGAAGAAUAUUUUGAAGAUGAGGUUGAGACCAAAGAGCAGCAAAUCAGGAAUUAUGAAACAGAGGCCAUCGCUAAUGAAGCUGAGAUCAAGGUUCUACUGGUUGCGCGGGACAGAUUGAAACAACAAGUGAACAAGUGGAAAAAGUAUGUAGCAAAUCUGUCAAGGGAACUGGACGAUGCAAAAGCAUAUCUUGGUCAUUAAACAGCAACCUUUCAUCCAUUGUAAGCAACUUACCAAUUAAAUGUGUAUUAUCUUUUGGAGAGGAAGAUUGUAUUUGUAAUAUAUUAAGAUGAGUACUUAAGUGCUACAAGAAUGGCCCAGAUUGGGAAGUGAGCAGCAACAUAGUUAUUAUGUUUGUUAUGUGAGAACCUGUGUUAGGAAUGAUGCAAGAGAUUUCUAAGAGCCUUGCUAGUUUAGUCCUCUUUUAGUACUGGAUUCUCUAGAUUAUUCAUUUCAGAUGAUUAUUCUGUGUGUGCAGAUUUUUUUCUGAUCUUUUAGAAGAGAGCACAAAGUUAAUUGAUGUUCUUACAUUCAUUUGACUCAUAGUCCUCAACAUGUUAAUUGAGGAUUUUCUUUUCCCACUUACCUAAUGAUAUAAGUUUCCAACAGGCAGGUCCAUAUUACCAGAAAUUAACACUUAUAUCUCACUCAGUUACUUGGACAGCAAAAACUGUCAUUACAAAUAUCUGAUAAACUAGUUUUCCAUAAUUUAGUUAGUAAGAGUUACUUUCAUGUGAAAACAAAAUCAUUCAUUUGUUCUUGGAAAGUAUUCUGAACAAUCAUCGGUUUAUAGAAAUGAACUCUAGUAAUCCUCAUUUACUUUAGCCUGGAUAACAAUUGCUGUUUAGGAAAUGAGCCUAUGUAUACCCUACCCCUAAUACAGCUUUAUUAGUGAAUGAUGAGUAUAGUAUUUACAUUAAAUUAGGCUCCUAACAGCCUUCUGUAACUGUAGUAGAUGCAGAUGCAUUUUGAGAUUAGCUACACCUCUUUCUUGUAGGUUGGCUGUCCUAGGGUGCUCUUUAAAUUUAUUCUUCCUCUGGGUCUUGAGGUUAAUUCUUACAAUAGUUUAAAAGGGAAAUAAAGAGCCAUUCUCACUAAAUCAGAGUGGUACAUAAUCUGAUUAUUUUGAUCUUAAUAUCAAACAAUUUUUUUUUAAGUUUCAGUUUUGGAACUAGGAUACCAAGCUUCAUAGGUUAAUUAGUUCUUAGGGAAGAAAUUAAGAAAUUUAGUCACUUUUCACAGCACAUGAUAUUUUUGUUUCCCUGUUUACUAGAGUGGAUUUUCCAUUUUUUUCUAACAAAUUUGUAUUGAAUAGUAAUCAAACUUAAGAUACUGGUACUGUUGGAGUGGUGAUGUUAGCAGUGUAUAAACAUAUUGUUGAACCAUAACUUUGGUUUUUCCAGAGUUUUCUCGUUUUUAGGGCCCUUUUGAAAUGAAUUUAAUGAGACUACCAGCAAGUACCGAUAGUCUUUUAUUGGUAAAUUUUAAAAGCAAUAAAGUUCCCAAAUACAUAA